AUGUCAUUAGCAUUCAGGUUAGGCGCUGCACCAUCCUUAAGUGGAGGAUGGAUGGGAAUUUUGCCCCGUUUACCGGCCAUUUCUAUUAGAAUUCCAAAUCCAUUCCAGACACUGGGAAGCAUACAAAACGAUAGAAGAUUACAAGAAUUGAAAGAACAGAUUGAAAAUAACAACGGAGAAGCACCAUUCAUGAUAGAUAAUGGUAUGAUUUUGAGGGCAGUUCCAAAGAAGAAGCCAUCGUACCGUAGAACCAGACAAAAGUUGUAUGCACCAGGGGACAAGCAAAUCAAACAUUUGGAUAACUUGGGCAGAUGCCCGGCAUGUGGACAUGUCAAGAGAUCGCAUUUCAUGUGUAUGCACUGUUUUGCAGAGAUCAAGUCGUUCCUCAAGAUGAAGAAGAAGGCGACACAAGACCCGGUGGAAGCACCACAAGCCAACUUGGAUCCAAUAGAUGAGAAGAUUGUGUAUCCUGGUAAGCAUGAAAGCGAGUACGAAAGAAGAUUAAAGAAGAAGGAUUGGAUUCCUGUCAGAGAAGAGCCACUUAUGUUCAAUGCUGAGCAGUUGAAGAACCCUAAAAAGUAA